AUGGCUGCUUUGUUACUUCGCCAUAGAAAGGUCUCAACUUUGGGAGUUUCUAGCAUUCUAAAAGCGAAAGUGGAUCCUUUUCGGCUACAUGUAGAAUUAAAACUUGGAGCUUUGGCUGGUGUUUGCAAUUUGUUAAGGGAGUACAGCACCAGCAAUGACAAUCCUAACCUCAAUUUUGAUUUUUUGGAUUUGACUUGUCCUCAUGCAUGGUACCCAGUUGCACGAAGAAAGAAUCGCAAGAUUUUCCUGCAUGUGGGCCCCACAAAUAGUGGUAAAACAUACCAGGCUUUGAAGCGGCUUGAGUCAAGUCCUUCUGGUGUCUAUUGUGGUCCUUUGAGGUUGCUGGCAUGGGAGGUAGCAAAAAGGUUGAACAAGGCAAACGUACCUUGUGAUCUAAUAACAGGGCAAGAGAGAGAGGAAGUGGAUGGGGCAAAGCACAAAGCUGUGACAGUUGAAAUGGCUGAUGUAACCUCAAAUUAUAGUUGUGCUAUUGUUGAUGAAAUUCAGAUGUUGGGGUGCAAGACAAGGGGUUUCUCAUUCACACGUGCCCUUUUAGGUAUUUCUGCUGAUGAACUCCACCUCUGUGGAGAUCCGGCUGCGGUUCCUCUUAUUCAGGAAAUACUAAAAGCGACUGGUGAUGAUGUCCAUGGACAAAUUGAAAGCAGGGGAAAGCAUCUUUGUUCUGUUGUUUAUGGUUCACUGCCACCAGAAACUCGAACCAGACAGGCGACAAUGUUCAAUGAUGCAAGCAGUGAAUUUGAUGUUCUUGUGGCUAGUGAUGCCAUUGGGAUGGGUCUAAACCUGAACAUUUCUAGGAUCAUAUUUUCAACUAUGAAAAAGUUUGAUGGUGUUGAGAUGAGGAAUCUAACAAUAUCAGAGGUUAAACAAAUUGCAGGGAGAGCUGGCAGGUACGGAUCAGACUUUCCAGUUGGAGAAGUGACCUGUUUACAUGCAGAUGAUCUACCCUUGCUUCAUUCAUCACUGGAAUCACCAUCUCCUAUUUUGGAGCAUGCCGGGUUGUUCCCCACUUUUGAUCUCAUAUAUAUGUAUUCACGUUUACACCCCAAAAAAGGCCUCUACCGUAUAAUGGAGCAUUUUCUAGAGAAUGCCAAAUUAUCUGAAAACUAUUUCAUUGCUGACUGUGAGGAAAUGUUGAAAGUUGCGGCUGUUGUUGAUGAAUUGCCUAUUUCACUGCAUGAUAAAUACCUUUUCGCUAUCAGUCCAGUUGACAUGGAUGAUGAAAUUGCAUCUCAGGGUCUUGUGCAGUUUGCCCAACAAUAUGCACAGAAAGGCAUUGUUCGACUUAAAGAAAUAUUUACACCGGGGACACUUCAGGUGCCAAAAACAGAAUCAGCACUUAAGGAGCUUGAAUCUAUUCACAAGGUCUUGGAUCUCUAUGUAUGGUUGGGUUUCCGUUUGGAGGAUUCAUUUCCUGACCGUGAGCUUGCAGCCUCGCAGAAGUCUAUCUGUGGCCUGUUGAUUGAGGAGUUCCUGGAUAGAUUUGGGGGGCAGCAGCAGCCAAAAUGGAGAAAGUUAAAAUCACGCUUUAACUCUGGUCAGUUGGGUUCCUCUGCAGCUGCAGUAUUCAGUUAUGGGCGGUUGAGACAGUUUUGGAGUUGA